AUGAUUCCAACACUUUGUUCCAAUAAUGGAUGUGGUUCUUACGAUGCUGCGGGUAUCAAGAAUAUUUGUGGAAAAUGUUUUAGAGAAUGGUUCGACGACAAUACCACUAAAUCAAAAAUGGAAAGUCAAGUUUUGGAGAGUCCCAUGAUUACACCAUUUUGUUCAAAUAAUGGUUGUGGUUCUUAUGAUGCUGCUGGUAUCAAAAAUAUUUGUGGAAAAUGUUUCAAAGAUUGGUUCGACAACACCACUAAAUCCAAAAUUGAAAGUGAGAGUCCUAUAUUUGAUUUAUGUACUAGUAUUGAUAGGUGCGAGAAUAGUAACAACAAAAAUUAG